UAUCUCGCAAGCCGUGGGUUGUAAUUAAAAGCAAGAAGGUUAUGGUUGUUAAGGUCGUUGGGUUUGCUUGUUAAUGGCUGUAGGAGAAAUUUGUAGAAAUGGGUACAGUUGCUGUUAGGGAUAUUACUUGAAGGACAGUUUUUCUCACUAUACAAGUUUACAUGACAGUACAAUGGAAGAUGAAGGAAGGCAAAAGAAGGUAGAAGCUGGAAGGGUAAAGUUUGCUGCAUAUCUAAAGAAGAAAAAUGCAUCAGACCAACAGAGUGACCAGAAAAAGAAAAAGAAGAUUGAAAAUGAUAGUGAAAAUUCAAAGGAAAUGUCUGUGGGAGUAGAAUCACUGGAUAGCAGUUCCUUGGCUUCUUCACUUGAAUACAUGGAAGGAAUUAAAUUUGAAAUUUCGGGAGGAACCAGUGGCACCACCACUACUCUAGAUGAUAGUAAACAGAGCAUCAAAGAUGAAGGUGAGGUGUCUUCAGAAAGACUGCAGACCAGAUUGAAACAGUUGGAGGACAUUCUUUCAGGUAAAGAAGCAGCAUUAGAAGCAGCACAUGAGGAACUUAGUGCACUGAAAGAAAUUACAUCAUUUGAUGCUUCCACUGGCAUGCUAGAAACUGACUACAAGAAUCGUUUUGAGGAAUGUCAUAAAAGGUUGUUGGAAUUCCAGGAAGCAGUGCAGCAUAGAGAGGGGAUAAUCAGUCAGUUAAGCAGCUCAUUGCAGCAGGCUAUUCAGUCACGUGAUGCCUUGCAACUUCAGGGGGACCAGCUUGCACAGGAGGUUGCCUUACUGCAGUGCCAACUGAAAGCCACCACAGCAUUGAUUCAGGGUCAUCACUGGGACACUGGCAUCAAACCACAUGAUUAUCUCACUCUCCAGAAUCAACUGUUAGCUCUUGAAGUUGCAGUUACUAAGAAUGAGUCUGUCAUCAGUAAUCUAAAUUCAGUUAUCAAAGAAAAUGCCAGUGAACUUCAGUGUAAGUCUGAUGACCUUGAAAAGAAGUCACAAGAACUGAGCCAGCAUAAAACUAAAUCUGCCAAUGAGAUUCAGAAGUUGAUGCGUGAGGUGGAAGAGCUACAUCAGAAGUGUGCUGUUAUGGCAAGUAACAAUAAUAGUCUGAUGUUAGAGCAUGAAAGACAGAUGGCUGCACUUCAGUCGGAACUUGAAGAAAACUUUGGUCUCCAGCUUGUUCAUAUCAAGGAAGAGCUCAGGAAUCAGUUUGAUAAGGAGAAAGCGGCAUUGGAAAGGAGGCAUGCUGAGGAGAUGGCAUUUUGCCAGAAAUUAGCAGCAGAGUCUUCCAGAGCUGUAGAAGAACCAACAACUUCUAGCAACCACCAACUGCAGUCUUUACAUUUGCAAUUGCAGGAGUCUUCAGAAGCAAGAGAAAAGCUGGUGAAAGAGAUGACUGAGCUCAAGCAUUCUUAUAUGUUGGAAGCAGAGUCAUUUAAACAAAAAAAUGUUGUACUUGAAGAACAGAUGGAAGCUGUUGUGAAAGAAAAAGAAAUUUAUGAACAACAAAUUUUAGAAGCCAGAAACAAUUCUGAAAAUGAACUUGCAGUGUACAAACAGCAGAUUGAAAAUUUAAAAUUUCAGUUGCAAGAAACUAAGCAUUCAGAACGGUUACAUGACUGUAAGAAAGCUUUUGAAGCUGAACUGUCAUCUUACAAGCAUUCCCAUGAAAUGGAGUUGAGUUUAUAUAAAGAGCAGGUAGAUAAUCUAAACUUACAAUUGCAUGAGGCUUCAAAAGCUGAGGCAAAGUAUCUGUCACAGUUAAUUGAAUCUAAGAAAGCCUAUGAGGCUGAAAUAAUAUCUUGUCAGCAGUCCCAUGAAAUGGAACUGUCUUCGUACAAACAGCGUGCAGAUGCACUGAAUUUGCGACUUCAAGAAGCUUCAGAAACUGAAGCAAACUUUCCGAAAGUUCUUGCAGCACAUAAACAGUCUUUAGAAGCUGAGGUGUGUAGGUAUAAGGAAGAGAAUGAAGCCUUGAAUACUGAAUUGCAGAGGAUUUUAAGCAAUGAAGACAUUCUCAGGAUGGAGAAGGCUGAAUUAUUGGAAACACAUAAUUCUGCAGUAUUAUCAUAUGAAGAGCAAUUAGCUACUUUAAAAAUUGCAUUGCAGGCUGCAGAGGAAACAGUAAAAAAUCAUGAAAGAGAAUUGUCUUCCAUUAAAAAACGUUUCGAAGACAGUAUAAAUGUUAAUGAAUCUUACAUGAAUGAGGUGAAAAAUUAUAAAGAACAGAUUGUGACUUUAAACACUCAGCUCAAAGAGGCUUUAAACAUGGAGAAAACACUUGAAUUGGAUUUUGCUCACUGUAAGAAGUUGCAUGGGGAAGAAAUUAAUUUAAUCGAGAAGAAAAUUGAGUCAGAGUAUACUGAAAGGGGAACCUCUAUUGCCAGGUGCCAGUCUGAUGAACCGGAGUUGACACUGUGUAGAGAGCAGAUUGAAUAUCUGAACUUACGGUUACAGGAUUCUAAUGAGGCUGAAAAAUGCCAUAUUUCAGAAAUAACUGCAUGUCAGAUUCAACUGAAAGAAUAUAAAGAGCAAGUGGAAUCUCUUGAUAGAAGAUUCAGUGAAGAAUUAAUACAUGCUCAGGAAGAUUUUUCUAAAGAAAUAAAUUCAAAAAAUCAGGAAAUUGAAAUAUUGCUUGCACGCCUUCAAGAAGCUGCUGUCGUGGAAGAGAAGUACAAAAGUCAGAUGCUGUCUUUACAGAAAGACAUUGAAAAUCUGAAUAUGCAGCUGCACCAGAGAGCUGAAACUGUGGAAUUGGCUUCCUGUGAGGAGCAGCGGACAUCAUGCAGUAACCAAGUCCAGGCAUCACAAAGUGAAUUGCAAGCAUACAAGCAGAAAAUGGAGAGCUCAGUAGAAGGCUUAGAGUAUAAACUGUCACAGCUUCAAGGCUGCCAUGAUGCAGAAUUAAAAAGAAUUGAAGAAGAGCAGGUGGCACAUAUUGCGAGUAGAGAAGUAGAUGGUUUGACUGUACAGCUUGGGGAGUCUAUUAAAGCAAAUGAAAGACUUGAGAAAGAGAAGCAAAUAUAUCAUGAGUCAUGUGCAGUUGAGGUAGAUAAGUGUAAACAUCAACUUGAUGAAUUAAAUACUCAGCUUCAGGACUGUAGAAAGAAUGAAGGGAAGUUUGUUAGUUAUGUGGAUGACUGUCGGGAACAACUGAGCACUACUAAAAAUCAAGUAGAGUUGCAAAAAGCCAAGGUACAAGAUGAUAUGUCUCAGAUAAAGGUCUUACAUACAAGAGAAGUGAAUGAUCUAAAAGAUCAAUUCCAGUACUUGAAGAACAUUAAGGCAACACUGGAAGCUGAGGUUGUUUGUUUGAAUGAAGCAGCAAAGCACAGGGAUGAUGCUAGUAGAGCACAGUUAGAAGAAGUUACGGUACAGUUCCUAAAAACUCAGAGUCUUCUUGAAGCGAAAGAAGAAAUAGAAAAAGCCUAUGAGAGAAGGAUUAUUGAUCUUCAAGUUGAUUUGGAUAAAGCAAAUUGUUGUAUUGACCAGAUGAAAAGAGAAAUUAAUGAUUUUCAGGAGGUGACUGUACAGAACCUGAAACUUCAAGGUCUGUUGGCUGCAAAAGAAGAGGCAGAGUGUAUGCUAAUUGAACGUGCUGGUGAACAAGGGGAGGCUUUGUGUGCUGUGGAAAGGGACUGUGAACAAAUGAAGCAUGAAAUUUCUCAACUAACUCUGAAACUUUCUGAGGCAGAGGACCUGCUGAAGAAGUUGACAUUUGAAAAGGAUGAACUUUCUGAAGAAUAUAAACGGUUAGAAGCAGAAAGAGAAAGGUUAGUUUCAGAGAAGGAAAUGAGUGAAGAUAAACUCAAAGACUUGACAUCUCAGGUAUGUAAGUUGCAAACAAGCAGUGACAUAGGUGGCAGUGUAGUGUCCUAUGGUAGUUCACAUCUGCCUCCUGUUGCAGAGACGUGUAGGGGUGCUGUAAUUACUCGAUUGGAGUGUGCUAGUGUAACUGAUUUUGAUAAUAACAAUGGUCAAGCUGUCGUACCUGUAAGUGGUUUUGGCAGUACUGAAGGUGUAAAUUACAAUGAAGAUAGGGGUGAUAGUUUUGAAAGUGGGCCAUGGGAAAGACAAAAACAAUAUACUGUGAAUGUAUCAGACUCUUGUCUUUCACUCUGUGCAGCAAAAUGGAUGGAAAGGUUAACUGCUCUUGAAGGUGAGAAAAUAGAAUUAGCAGGUCAGCUUGAAACUUUGGAGUCCAAAUUACAGGAAAAGGAACUUCAGGAGCACCUGUAUAAUCAACAAAACAAAGCAACCAUAUUGCGUUGCAAAGAACUUGAGGAAAAGUUGCUGCAAUUAGAGAAGGUUAGAAUAGAGAGGGAUAAACUUCUUCAAGAGAAAGACGAUUUGAAGUCAAAGGUUGUUGGUCUGGAACAUGAAAAUGCAACAUUCCAGAAAUUACAAGAGGCACUGAACAUUGAAUUGGCAGAAGAAAGGGUGGCAAGUGAGGACAGAUUGCACCAAGGCAUGAAAGAAAGGCUUGAAUAUAUUAUUGAUGAGAAGAAUUGUACAACUAUAGAAAAUUUAAUCCUCGGUUUCGGACAGAAGACAAAAGAAAUUGUAUUUUUAAAGGAAAGACUGAGGUCACAAGAACAAGCCAGCAAGUUGUUAAAUGAGAAAAUAUUAAUUUUAGAGAACUACAAAGCAGAAGAUGCUAAGAAAAUUAAUUUGUGCCAUGAGGAGCUGGCUAGGGUCCGUUCUGAAUUGGAGGAAUCGUGGAAACAACAUCAAGCUACAAUAGAAGAACUAGGAGCUUGCAGGAAGGAAUUGGCGAUGCUGUACGUACAGAAGCAACAGCUGGAGUCUAGCAGGAACAGACUGUUGCAAAUGAGCGCUAACUGUGCUGUCAUCACACCUGUUUCAGUAUCAACACAACAGGAGAUGCACAGUAUGUUGGAAGAACUUGCAACUGAAGUACAAGCUCUCAAAAGUUCCCUGCAGGAUGAGCAAUGUCGCAGUGAGAAACUUGCUCAGGAAUUGGAACUGGUACAGAAUAGUGGUAGUGCGAUGAUAUGUUUGGGAGUGACAGAUGUGAACAGCAAUGACAGUAGCAACAGCGGCAUGCUUGAAUUACAGCAAAAGCUGGAACUUAUUCUUAAGAGCAAUACAGAGCUGAUUGCUGAGAAAGAGUCUCUUCUUCAUAAACUUAGGAAUCAGCAGCAGCUUUUUGGAAAGUUGCAGCAGGCAGGAGGACAUGAGCAGGUGGAAAGUUGGAUGUCAAAUCUGGACAAGCAGCAAAGGGACCUAAUGGCUGAAUUGCAAGCAUAUCGAGAGCAGCACAUGAGCCUGGCAGAACUGGUGGGUUCUACUGGAGUUCUGCAGGAGACAUUAUUCAGACAGAAACAAGAAUUGCUGCAAAAAUUUAAGGAGAAGAGUGCAGUAGAGAAAAUGUUAGAAAAUGAGAGAGUGGAACUGAAGAGUGCGCAGCUCAAGAUGCAGAUGAUGGAAAGCCAAAUGCUGGAAAAGGAUAACAUAUUUCAGGAGCUGACACGCCAGAAACGUGUGUUGGAGCAGGAUCUACAUGAGAUUGAGGACUGCCUUCGUGACCAAGAAGAUAUGUUGCAGAUGCAAAAGUUGACUUUAGAAUCGGAGAUAUGUGACCGUGAUUUGCGUAUCCGACACUGGCAACUGGAACUCAAAGCCAAGCAGGUUGAAGUAAACUCCAAAAUGAUUCUGACUCAGCAUUCGGCUCAUUCUGCAACCGAGAGUAAUCAGAAUGGUGAAUGGGAGAGGUUAGAAAUGUUCCGCUCCAAACUGGAAGAGGUACAUCAACAAGCUGUAACUCGCCUUAAACUUUAUAUGGAAGAGCAGUUUGCUGUACGCGAGACAGAACUGCAGAAGAAUUACGCAUCAGAAGUGUUCACACUUCAACAACAGCACAAGGAACAGCUUAUGGGUCUACAGCAGCAGCUGGCUGUAAAAGCGAAAGAGCUAGAGGCACUUCUGAACUCUGAACUUCACAGUCAGCUUGGCAUCAGUCAGAAUCUAGUCACAAGACUGAAGGCAGAAGAAAUGGCUGCACUCAAGGAAAGGCAAAGGAGUGAAUUAGAAGAAUUGAAGAACAAGUUGGAUGUGCAACAGAUGGGAAUGUACAGUGUGCUGAAACAGAAAUUUGAGGAGUAUGCUGAGCAGAAGAUUGCAAUAGCCUUAAAAAUAGUCCAGGAUGAACAUGACUCAGUCCAUCAACAGACAGUUUCGAACCUCAUCCUGAAGCAUACUGAAGAACUGAAAGUUUUACAAGCCAAGUUGGAAAGUCAGAGGCAAGGGGAGCUCCUGUUGCUUCGUAAGGACUUAAGUAAGAAGCAUAGUGAUGAACUGAAUGAAGUAACAAAAGGCCUAAAACUAGAAAUUUCCCUCCUGAAGCAAUCACAUGAUGGCAGCUCAAGUCGAAGUAGUGUGCAGCAGCUGAAACAAGAAAUGUGUAUGGAAUAUACUUCAACUCUUAAGGGAUGGGUUCAAACCUGGUACAGUGACUGUCAGGAGCAGCUGGAAGCUCUGAACAAGCAGAUUUAUGACCUGUGGCAGCAAGAUGAGUCAGCAUCUCAGGAAACAGGUCCUGACAUGCCAGCAAAAGCACCUGUAAGUCACACUGACAUCAAGAGGCUUCUUGAGUGCAAGGAGCUGUUACUUACACAGGCUGAAGUUUUACACACAGAAGUAGCAAAACGUCAUAUGCAAGCAUUGCAUAGUCUACAAUUCCAGCUAGAUGCUGAACAUGCCAAGCUUGUACAGAAAGUUGAACAUAUGAAGAAAACUGUCCAGGAGGGAACAACAGUAGCAAGUCUGCAAGAUCAGAUAAGCAAACUGGUUGCAGAUAAGGAAGAACUUGAAAAUAAACACAAACUGGCAAUGGACUUGCUAGCCCAUGAGCAUGAUGUUGAAGUGGCAAAAUUGCGUGAUAUCAUAGCAAAUGUGAAAUGUGGAAACAUUUCUGGCCUCACAGAAUUGCGUCAAGAAAUGGAAACUAAACAUACCAAGGAAAUGGAAGAACUGCGUCAGUAUUUUGAACAGAAAUGUGCUGAUGUUGAGAAACACUAUUCAGAGGAAGUGUUCAAUCAGCAUAGCCGGAAACUCUCUGGGAGCAGCUCUGGCUUAGAGAAUGAAGAUCUUGUUUCUGAAAUGUACUAUGCUGGGGGAGACAGCAGCCAGCAUCUUACAGCUCUCACACACAUUUGUGACUCAUACUCUGUGGAGCCCAGCUUUAAGGAUUUGGAAGAAAAUUAUCAAAAAGACUUUGAGAAACGUCUUGUGGAAUAUCGAGACCAGCUGGAGACAGUCAAGCUUGAACUGGAAGAGAAGUAUCAAAAUGAAAUGGAGGUGUUAAGGGAGGAGUAUGAGUCAAAGGUAGAAGAUUUAGUAAGAGAUUUAUCUAAUACCCAUAAAACUGAAAUACAAAAUAUAGAAUCGAAACAUGCAAAGGAAAUCCAGAAUCUGAAAGAAAAAUUGCAACUGGAAUCUGCCAAGGGUGAAAAUACUGUUCAUCUAGAAUGUGGAAAGGAACUUGAGAAGGUUCGGAUGGAAAUGGUAGAUGAGCACAGAAAGGAACUGGAGAUAUUGAAGGACAUGUAUGAAGAUGACUUGAAAAAGCAAAUAGAACAUCUUACUUACAGAAUGAAACAAGGGGAAGAAGAGCAUGUUGUAGCCACAAAGUCUGAACUUCUGAGUAAACAUGUUAGAGAUAUUCAGAAACUGAAGGAUUCAUUUGUUGAUCAGACUGGAAGAGCAAUUAAUGAUCCUGUUCUUCAGAAGGUUGAUCUGGAGCACAAGAUCCACACAGAUGUAAGACAGCAAUAUGAAGAAGAAUACCAGAAGAAAUUGACUGAACUGAGAUAUGAAAUGCAAGAAAAGCAUGCCAAGGAAUUAGAAACAAGAACUGAAGCUGAAAGGAAAAUAAUGGCAGAACAGUUCGAUGAACUUACAAAUAUAUGGAAGAAAAGUGCAGAAGAAGAGCAGGACAAAUUUAUGGCAAAUCAGAAAGAAAUGAUGUUAGAUUUUGUAAAACAACAUCAGCAGGAUCUGCAGACAUUGAAAAUGCAGCAUGAGGCAUCUCUUCAAGCCGCUCAGGACGAAUGUCAUCAUGAAGUAUGGCUUCAGCAGCUGAGAGAUAAACAUGAACAGGAGAUCGGGGCUUUACAGGAGGAAAUUUCUAGGCUCAUGCAAGAGAAGGGUGGGGGCAUUAUUCACACGAAGAAUGUGACAACAGUAGGAGUGUCUACAGAUCAGACUGAUGGAGAUGAGGAGUUAGACACAACAACUGUCAGAGAAACAACAGCACUACACACCAUUCAGCAGUUACGAGAUGAACUCAGAGAGAAGGAUGCUAAGUUUGCUAGCGCCAUCUCAGAAAUGAAGGAAAUGCAUGAAAGUGAACUGCAGCAGGUGAGAGCCCACUGCGAGGGACGACUGCAUGAUGAAGUUGAACAAGCAAAGCAUGACAUUGCUAGAGCUCUGGAGGAGGAGAUACAGGCCCUUCUGUCAAAUGAAUCUGAAGAUACUCCUUGCCCAAGAGAACUGAUUGAGCUUCAGGAGAAGUUUACUGUUCAUUAUAAAGAAGAACUUUCUCUUCUGAAAGAAGAGCAUGCGAACGAAGUCGCACGAUUGAAGAAAGAUCAUGAGAUGGAAUUGCAGUCUCUAACAAAGAAGUACAGUCAGGACAUAGAAGUACUGGAGGGGCAGAUGGCCACUGAAACAACACAGCAUGAGUUGGAGAAGACUAAGCUUGCAAUGCAAAUUAAAUUGGGAGAUAGCUCAGCUGUUGGAACAGAGAAUGCUGUCUCAGUCCUGGAUACAGAUCUGGAGCAGCUGAUCAGAGAAAGGGACUGUCUAAGAAAAAUAACUGAUACCUUGAGGUACCUGUUGCGAGAACUGGUUGCUUACCUCAAUGUUUGUGAAGAUGAGUUAAACAAUACUCUUAUUGGAGAACUGCUAAAGUUUGAGCCAGUAGCUUCAAAGAAUAGUGGAGAAUUGAGCAAGAACAACAAUGAAAUGAAAGACCAAACACUUCCAUGUGUUCCUGAAAAUGUAUGCAGUAAGUCUGAUGAUAAUACAGAAACAAGAAAUGACAGCAGUAGCAUUAAAAAUGGAGAGACUUUCUCAGUAGAAUCCACUGUAAGAAGCCCACAAAGGAAUGAGAUAUUAAUGCCACAAGAUCAGGUCAUUUGUGAUGAGGUGUCAGUGACAUCACACAGCUUUGAUCAUUCCCUUAUACCCCUUACAGAAAGAAGUAGCAUUUCAGCCCAUGGAACUCAUAGGGUUCAUUUUGCUCCUGAUGCAUCAAGUAUUAUCAGCCUUAUUGAUGAAGAUAACUUAUUGGAUUACAUAGAGAGGAACAGAGAUGUGUCUUUGGAUUUCCGCUCGGAACUUGACAGCUGCCUGGAAAGGUUGAAAGCUGAAGCAGUGGCUAUACUUGGUCUCUCAGGCACUUUGCCUAGAACUGUUCAGAUUACACAUGAUGCAGUAAUGUUGUUGAAGGAGAAAGUGAAUAUUCUGACUAACCAACUAGAUGUUGAAGUUAAAAGAAAGGAUGAACUUCUAAAGCAACUGGAAAAUGUUGAAGUGAAGGAAAAAGAAUGUGUGCUCCUACAGGAACAGCUGGCAAAACUGAAAAUUAUUAAGGAAGUCCUGGAGUCAGAUUUGCGAGCAGCUAGGUCUCAAGUCACAGAACUGGAACGUGAGCUUGGGAAGAGAGAGGAUGUUACUGAAGGGUUUGGUGAAAGCAUUGAACCUUGUCUUGUAAGGAGGCUUCAUAACAUGGCCCAGUUGCAGGAUAAAGCACGUUCAGUCCUGAGUGAGAGGGCAUUUGGUGAUCAUAAGUCCCCACAUCUCAAAUUAAUUGAGGAAUUGUGCCAGGAAGGUGAUCGUCUGUCAGAAGAGGCUCGCAAGGAACGAGAUGACUUGCAACAACAGGUAGAGGCUGCAGAUAAGCAGCUGCGUGCCACACGUCUCUUCUUGGAAGAGCAGGCUGCUGAGCGAGAACAGGAAAGAGACGACUUCUUGCGGGAGAUUGCCAAACUGCAUGGACAGAUUCGUGAACGAGAUCAUGACCGCACUGAACGUGAGCGUCUCACAAAAGAGGAUGCAGUAGAGGGCAGUGAGAAAUUUAUCAGUGUUCCGACAGUGGAGUCACUGGAAUUGCAAGUGAAGGAGGCAACAUGUGAACAGAAGGUCUUUGAUCUCAAGAAGGAAGAGUUGGAAAUGGAAUUGAAAGCUGCCGUUGACAAGAUCUGGAUGCUGCGCGAUAUAAUUGGUGAGCUGGAGAGCCAGAUAGAGACAAGGACAGAGCAUGAGGCUGCACUGGAGCAGCAGUUACACCAGUUGCAUGCUCUACUGGAACAGCAAGGCAGGACUCAUCAGGAAUUGACAGAUGAGCUGGAUUCUUUACGAUUGGAGUCCGGCAAGUCAGAGUUGACAGAGCACAUCAGUCAUCUGGAAGAACAACUGCGGAAACACCGGUUACAUGUAGAGCAGUUUCAGUCUGACUCCACAGCUGUGCGGCAGAUGAAAGCGCAGCUACGGGAUUUGGAGGCAACAGUAGACAAGAAGACCAAAGAGCUUGAAUCAUUUCAUGCCACAGUGUCCAGUGCUAGCUGCAGCUCUCCAUCUGAAGAUGUGUCAAUAAGGGAACAGUUGGAUGCAUUUCGAUCUGACACACCAGAAGAAGCACGCAGUGCUCAGUCUCCUGUAUGUUUGCCUCUGGAUGAGCUGCACCGUCUGCAGGACAAGCUUCUGCGUCACUCCAGAGCAGAGGAAGUGGCUCUCAAACGGAUACGGGACUUGGAGAUGGAGCUUAAGGGAGUCAAGAGGAAUGAAGAGGAAGUAGCUGCAGAGAGAGAUGUCCUACAGGAAUGUAUGGAAGAACAGCUUCUCAAAAUUUCAGCACUACAAUCACGGCUGGAUGAACAGCGUCAGAAGACAGACAGUCAGUUGAAAGAAGCAAACUUGGAACUGCAGACAAAAGUUCAUGAUCAGGAGAAGGAACUGAACAGACUUCUUGAGACAAUAGAGAAUAGGGAACAGGAGGUAAAAGAAUUGAAAAUAAUGUUUGAGGAAACUAGAAAAGUUAUGGCAGCACAAGAAAGAGAAUGGCAUACAAAAACCACUGAUGAACUGGAAAUGAUUGAAAAACUCACAGAGACCUGCAAGAAACUGAAGGCAGAAAAAGGAGCAUUAGAGGACACAAGAGAAGAAGUUGGGCAGUUUACGCCAUGCCUGGAGCUAUUGGGUGUAGUAUUGUCACAGAAGAAUGCUUACAUUUCUUCACUUCGAAAGGAAGUGGAAGGCUUGAAGAAUCUUCUUGACCCUGAAAGACAGAAAGAAUGGGAGGAAGUGAGACACCAAAUGUAUAUGUCUGGUUUAAGAGAUGAGAUGCGAUACCAGAAAGGAGAUGUUACUGAAGAAAUGCUGAGUCUGGAUGUGCUGUACACAAGUCCACGUGAUGUUACAUCUGGAUCACAACUAGAUGUAAGUGAUAAGCACUUGAAAGCAAUGUUGGCCAAUAAAGACCGUGAAAUAAUAUCACUCAAGCAGCAGUUGGAAGAGCGGAUAAAUGGAGAUUUAUCCGAGCUUCAAGUUGAACUAGAUAAAAGAAAUCAGAGACUGCUGGCCUGUGAAACACAGUUAGUAGAUAUGCCUAUUCUGAAAGCCGAAAAUGAAGCCCUUAAAAAAGCAAUUGAGUCUGUAGAAACCGAUAAAGAAGACUGUAAGAAGAAACUAGAUGCAGUGAAGUGUUCAGAGGGUCAGGUACGAGUGGAUCUAGAGCAAGCUCUGAAGAAACUUGAAGAGAAGCAGAAUGAGAUUGACUUUCUGCAGUCUCAUAUUUCUGUCAAGGAUGACUUGCUGCAGGGAAUGGGUGUUAACAGGCAGGCUUCUGUGGCCCAGAUGGGUGAACUCCUGAGGCACAGAAGUGAGAACAGUGGACUCAGGAGUGAGACUGCAGAGCUUGAGAAGGAGCUUGAAAUUCUGAAGCAAAAGAUACUGGAGCUUGCAGCCGAAAAUCAUAACCUCAAGGAUGAUCUUAACAGGUUACCAGGUACUCCAGAUGAACUUGCUGGUCAAGUUCAGAAGGAGUUAGAUGUUUUGAAACAGAUGGACGUCAGCAUAAUGAAAAAGCUGGAUACAGAAGAACCUGGGUUGUCAGAAGAUGUUGCUUGCACAUGUGCUGUGUCUUCAACAGUUUUGUCACAGGUCCUCAGUAAAGCACUUCGAGAAGGAAUUAGUGCCCUAAAAGUCAGCGAGUUUUCGAUCAUUUAUCAGGAAAUAUGCAGGGCAGCAUAUGGAAGGAUAAUGCAGGAUUCGGCAACACAGAUGGAACCUGAGAUAAUGCCUGCGAGUAGAGCUGAUGAAGAUAAACCGCUCAUGGUUGCCAAGAUUAGUGCUCUUGAGAGUGAGGUUGCUUGCAAGCAGCAGGAGGCUCAGAAGAGAAUUUAUGACUUGGAAGAAAGUUUAUGUCAAGAGAAAAAACACAUUCAUAAGAUGCAAGAGCACGUGAAUCAAGAACAGCAGUGGAGGAGAGAGUUACAGGAACGUCUUCAGCUGCAGGAACAAUCUACUGUGGAACUUGAAGAGCAGCGAGAUCGUCUGCUGGAGCUCUCUUCUUACCAAGAGAAACAGCUUCGUCAAUAUGCUAUUGACUUGGAGGAAGAAAGAGCUGGAACACGUCAACUUCAGGAUGAUCUCAGAAAGAAGGAAAGCACCAUAAAGAACUUGGAGGACAUGAUGAAUGACGAAAGAGUACGUACAAGGGAUGCAAAGCUCAAUGAUGCUGCCUUAAUUGAGAAUCUGAGACUCAAACUGGAGUUCCAGAUGGCACAGAUGAGACGUACACAGGAGUUGGGAUGUUCGAAAGACCCUGUCCAAAAUAAAUGCCUGUGCUCCAACUUCCAAACCCUAUCCUCUUAUAAAGCUAAAUUGGAGUCAGAGCAGGAGCUAUGUGAAAAAUUGAAGCUGGAAUUGCAAAAGGAAAAGCAGAAGGCAGAGAACCUGGAAGUUGCAGUGAAGAAGGAGAAGCAAUUGGGGCAGCAGAAGGUAGAGAUUGAGAGGGAAAUCAUCCAGGAGCUAAAGAGAGAGUUUCUUGCUCUGGAGGGACAGCGGGACAGUCUCAGCAUGCAGCUAGUUCAUGUGCGGGAGCAACUGAGUCUCUCUCGCACUGAAACAGAAGCCAUGGAGAGGAGGGUUCAUAUGCUGCAGGAAGCAGAUGUUCGAAGACAGAAGAAGAGACUGCUGGACCAGAGAGAGAUGGAGAGGAACAGACAGGAACUUCAUAAAGCUCAGUCAUUACAGUUUGGUCUGGAGCAGAAGAUAGUGGACCUGGAGCGGGAAGUGUCAAGGCUGAAGCAGGAGCUACAUGAGAGGAAGGAGCAGGUAGAGGCUGCGGAACUGGACCAGGACAUUGCUCAGUUGAGACAUGAAGUGGAGAAGCUGAGACAGCACAUGGAGGGCAGCAAAGUUAGGGAACAGCAGUUAUCACGGGAACCGUCGUCUUCAUCCAGAGUUUUAUCACCUGUUGUGGACAAACUGAAGAAUGUAAAUGCGAUGCUGGAGCAGCAUAUGACAGAAAGUGCGGAGUUGGCUCAAACACUGUCUCAGCUGACAGAGGAGCGCCAGCGCUUGCAGGCCCGAGUCAAGGAACUAGAGGAGAAACUCAGUACUGCACUUAAGGCAAAGGAAGCUGACGUAACAGAUGCAGAACAUGUGGCAUUUGCUGCACAGAGAGCAUUAUGUGCUCAAAAGAAGGCUUCUUUCAAAUUGGCAAUGGCAAAAGCUGAAGCUGAUGUUCAUGGCUUCAGAACAGAUGAUGGUGCUGACAGUAGUGACAGAAAUGUAAACGCAAUGCUGGAGCAGCAUAUGACAGAAAGUGCGGAGUUGGCUCAAACACUGUCUCAGUUGACAGAGGAGCGCCAGUGCUUGCAGGCCCGAGUCGAGGAACUAGAGGAGAAACUCAGUACUGCACUUAAGGCAAAGGCAGCUGACGUAACAGAUGCAGAACAUGUGGCAUUUGCUGCACAGAGAGCAUUAUGUGCUCAAAAGAAGGCUUCUUUCAAAUUGGCAAUGGCAAAAGCUGAAGCUGAUGUUCAUGGCUUCAGAACAGAUGAUGGUGGUGACACUAGGGACAGACUGAUAGAGGAGUGCCAGCGCUUUCAGGCCCGAAUUGAGGAACUAGAGGAGCACCUCAGUAUUGCACUUAAGGUAAAGGCAGCUGACGAAACAGAUGAAGAACAUGUGGCAUUUGCUGCACAGAGAGCAUUAUGUGCUCAAAAGAAGGCUUCUUUCAAAUUGGCAAUGGCAAAAGCUGAAGCUGAUGUUCAUGGCUUCAGAACAGAUGAUGGUGCUGACAGUAGUGACAGAGUGAAGUACUUUAAUGGGAGGUAUCUGCGGGCUGAAAGCUAUCGCAAGGCUCUAGUAUGGCAAAAGAGGUACCUCCUUGGUGUUCUUCAUGGAUAUCAAGUGAGAGAAGCGAUUAUUAUGAGUGGCUUGGAAAAGCUGCCUGGUGUACAAGGAACUAUGCGUCACCAGAAGCACUCUGCCUAUCUGAAGAAACCGAGGACAAGGUUUAAAAUAGCAGCAAUAGUGGUGAUUGCACUGUCUCGUAUGCGCUAUCUUGUGCGGCGGUGGCGACUUCGAUGUCAGAUUGGAAGCGGUGCUGGGCUGAGCAGAGGUGUAAGUGAAAGUACGGUGUUCAGCGCUCAGUCCUCUUGUCAUGGUCCAAGAAGACGUGGGUCAUCAACUUCUGUGAUCAGUGUAGGGACUUCAGGAGCACUUCUGCAAGGGUCCCCACCUAGUAGAGAUCGACCCGUGUCGCAGAGGUGGGAAACAGAUUUCGUGCAGCACCGAGUGAGGAAUGCAGUUACACCCCUGAGGCCCAAUGAUGUGGCUGAAUAUGUUGACAGAUUUGACGAACUCCAAAGAAGACUGGGGUUGAGUGUUAUCACAUUACCCCCUUGAAUCCAAAUAAACUUGCCAAUUUACUAGUCAUGUAUUCAAAAUAUAAUAGGUCUGUGUCUUUCUGGGGAUGUCAGGACUAUGAUUCAGUGGUGAAUGAUCCCAAAUAACAUUGCAUACAUCAAAUGUAUAUAGUAAAACAAGUUCAUUUUAAAGUUGUAACAGUGAAUGUCAAAAUUUCAAUAGUACUAUCAUUUAUUAUCAUACGUAGUUCAAUAGCAACACUUGCUGAUGCAUGAAGAAGUGAUGUCACUAACUAAUAAUGUGAACUGUGUCUGAUAUUUGCUAAAAUAUGAGUUCACGUUUUAUUGUAUAUAUUUUAUUUUUAUGUAAUGUAUUUUUUAUAUAUAACUUUUAUCUCCACAUAUUGGUGUUAUAGUGUACAAAGUGCCAUCUCAGAAAUAGAGCAACAUGUUUAAUUUACCCUUUCUCUAUUCCUUUUGCAUUAAAUUCUUCUGAUAUGA